AUGUCAACCGAAGCACGUCGCCGACUCAUGCGUGAUUUUAAGCGCCUUCAAAAUGACCCACCAGGUGGUAUCUCUGGCGCACCUUGCCCUGAUAAUAUUUUACUAUGGAAUGCAGUCAUCUUUGGUCCUGCUGACACGCCGUUUGAAGAUGGAACUUUUAAAUUGGCUCUACAAUUUGACGAAAAUUAUCCCAACAAACCACCAUCUGUCAAAUUCAUUUCCAAAAUGUUUCAUCCAAACGUAUAUGCUAAUGGCGAGCUGUGUCUUGAUAUUUUACAAAAUAGGUGGUCUCCAACAUAUGAUGUUGCAGCUAUCUUGACAAGUAUCCAAAGUUUGCUUCAUGAUCCAAAUCCAAAUUCACCCGCAAAUGCUGAAGCCGCAAAUUUGUACAGGGAGAAUCGCAAAGA